AUGUCUCGUCGAAUUCCUUCCAUUUCUGAUCUUAAUGUUCAAUCUGAACAGCCGAUCAAGCGUUUUAAAACAUCUCCAAGUUCUCUCGAUUCAUCACCAUACCGAAAUAUUUUUGAGCAAUUUGAUGAUGUCUUACCAUCACCGACGGUGAUAACCAAUACUCAAAUGAAGAUUUCGAAACAAUUUGUGCCGAAAGGCUCUUCGCAACAUUCGUCAACAACGUCGUCCUCGACCGCUCGGUCAAUCAUGACGAAAACAAAAACGAAAUCGAACGAUGAACUGUGGUCGAGUCUGUUUCGACCGAAAACUCGACACGAUCUUGUUGUACAUCCGAAAAAGGUUAAAGAAUUGCAAGAAAUCCUAGAGCGGUCAUGUGAAAUCGUAAAGAAUAAUCAUAAACGACCGGCGAAAUUAAUACUCAUCUCUGGUCCAUCCGGUUCAGGAAAAUCAACAUGCCUACGCAUAUUAGCAUCUUCAAUGAAUAUUAAUAUUAUCGAAUGGGAAACCAGAACAACAUCAAAUCUAACGACAACUGUAUCCGAUGAACAACGAGGUUCGUUAAAUAAUUGA